AUGAGAGGCUACAUCGUAUUCCUGGCUGUAAUAGCUGCAGUUACCGCCUCGCAGUUAACUUUCGAAAACCUCGACGUAGAAGAGGUGCUAAAGAAUGAACAGAAAAAACAGGCAGUCUUCGCUUGUUUAUUGGACCAGGCACCAUGUGGGGACAUGCAAAGCUUAAAAGACGACAUUUCUGAUCUCAUCAAGACCAAAUGCAGUCGGUGUAAUCAGAAGUUAAAAGAAAAAUAUGACAACACUAGUCAGUUGCUUUUAGAAAAAUAUCCGGAUACAUUCAACGCUUUGAUGUUCAAGUAUUCAGCAAAGAACUGA